GUAUCAUUUUAUGGGUAUUGCAUUGCACAGGUAUAUCUCUUCAUAUGGGCUUUGGGGACAGAACUUCUACUUCUUUCAUUCAUGGCUUUUGACCGUUAUGCUGCUAUCUGCCAUCCUUUGGAGUAUACACUGAUCAUGAGGAAGGAUGUGUGCAUUGGCAUAGCAGCAGGAGUGUGGGUUACUGGAAUGGUUAACUCUGCAGUUCAUGCUGGGCUAAUGCUGCAGCUUUCCUUCCACAACUCAAACAUAAUCAAUCAUUUCUUCUGUGAUAUACCUCCACUUUUGAAGCUUGCAUCCUCAGACACCAGCAUCAAUGAGAGUAUGACUUUUGUGUCAGAUGUCAUAUUUGGGAUCUGUAGCUGUGGUUUGACUCUAACAUCAUAUUUGUUCAUCAUGAGAACCAUCCUGAAAAUCCGUUCCACUGAGGGGAAGAAGAAGGCUUUCUCCACAUGUUCUUCACAUCUUAUUGUAGUCAGUUUUUACUUCUCCUCAGUUAUUUACACAUAUAUUAGGCCCUCUUCUGUCUACUCUCUAGAUAAAGACAAACUGGUUUCUCUCCUGUAUUCUGUGGUAACACCAGUGCUUAAUCCCAUUAUAUAUUCUCUGAGAAACAAAGAGGUUAAAAAAGCUCUUAAGACACUUACUGGAAAAAGCCGACUGCUCCCAGGGCCUCAAGCUUGA